AUUAAAAUUUCAUUUGAUCUUUUAAAAUAAAUUAAUAUAAAGGUGCCGCCAUUACAUUUUCAAAACCAUUUUAAACUAAAACAAAUGCGUAAUAAUCAUGUUUUGUUAGAAAAUGUUUGUAAUACUACAACAAUUACUCGUAUUUUCAUGCUGUUCAUCGUCAUUGUCAUCAACCGGGAGUUGUUAAAAUAAUCCUUAGAAAAUCUGGGAUUUAAAUUUUACCAAUACACUACUGCUACCACCACCAUCACCCAUCAACCAUUUACUCACACUCCUGUAAUGUUGUGUUUAAAUAAAAGAACUUCUUCUACUUAUUGACACACGCUCCGCUACAUCGACAUUUAUUUUAACAUUUCCUCUAGCAGGCAAAACUAACGGCCAGAGGAGUAGAAACAAGGAAAUAUUGAAUUUGAAGCCAGGAAGAGGAAAAAAACAAACAACUAUUUACUUUAAAACGUUGACAAUGAUGCUGGGAAUGAUGUGGCACGUAGUGAUGAAACAAAAUUUAAAAGUUUCUACAACUAUUUACUUUUAAAACAAAAGAAUAAAAAAAAUUACACAUAAACAAACUCACCCUCUCUUAGAGUUUUAAAAACCUGCCAUACAAUUUUACAACUAACUACUACUUACUUCCACAACCACUAAUGUUAACACACUCAAACAGACGGAAAGGAAAAUAAGUAUUCACCCCUAAAGCCUUAAAGCAUAAGUUCGCGCUAUUACACUCAUACCAAUAACUAAAGCUAAUGCUACAACUUCAACUACUACUACUACUACUACUACAUAAAGGAAACUACCACAGAAGCAUAGCAAGCAGCUCAAGAAGCUAAAAAAAAAGUGUAAAGAAAAAAGUGAAAAAAUACAAAACGUUUUAUGUUUAUGAUAGAGAGUCAUAAGUAUUUGUCAGCGUGUGUUGAUGUGUAUGUGUCUAAGACUGUGAGUUUUAUAUUGUGAUUGAAUGACAGAGUGUUGUGUGUUAUAGAGGAAAGGAAACGAAAAUAAAAAAACAACAAAAACUUAUGGCGCCGUUAAGCAAAUAAAAAAUGCAACUCUGUAUAUUACACAUACACUCAUCGAUUGCUCCUGCUGUUGUGGUUGUUCGACGUUCUGUUCUUGCUAUUGUUGUUUUUUCUGAUUAUUGUAGUCGAGCUAUAUAGAGUGAUUGUUAGAAAGAUGUUGACGACAAUGACACUGAUAAAGGUACUGUUGUUGUUGGUGGUUACAAGUGAUUAAAUAAUUUGACUCUCUAUCAAAGUGUUUUCUUCUAUGUGUGCGUUUGAAAUUAUCCUAAAGAGACGUGAGCUUAUUAUUAUAAAAUAUAACAACUAUUAAGAGACAAAAAAAACUAUUAAAAUUAUGAACAAAUAUUUAAACUUAUGGCCACUUGUAUAAAAAUGUUAGUGUAUUGUGUCAAUUUUCAGACAAUGCACUUUAAAAACACAAAUAACCAUUUAGCUGCUCAACUUUUAAAAACAUAAUAAUAUUUGAAAAUUUCUUCUUAAGAAUAUAAAAAAAUAAAUCUUUAAGGCUGCAGCAAUACCUUAAAUAAAAGUUUUUUUUUAAUAGCAAGAAAUUAAAAGAAGAAAAAGUAACGCAUCUAAAAAAAUAACAAAAAACCCACCCCUUUCAUUAAAAUAGCACUUAGUUUUAAAAUUUAUAACAAACAAAAAAUAAUUUAACACUCUACUACUAAUACUGCUACAAUUACUACUACUACUACUACUUCUACGACUAAAAAUAAAAUUCAACUACUUGCAACAGGACUCUAUAAUAAAAUAAAAUAUCAUUAUUUCAACAAGAGAAAAACAACAACUAAUAAAAAAAAACGUUUGUUGUUAGUGUCUGCUUCCAAAAACCAAAACGUGUUCAAAACAAAAAAAAUAAAAAAUCAUCACACCUACUUAGGCAACGGAACUGAAAACCAAGAAAAUUAACAACCAACUAACAAAAAUAAAAUUUAAAUUCCAUCAUUACAAAUACAACCACCAAAGUAUUAAACAAAAAAAUCUAAAAAUAAAUUUAUUACCAAACUGUGCAAAAGUGUUUCAUCAAAAUUCAUAUAGUGAAAUAAAUAUAAAAUAAUUCAAAUCAAAUCGUUUUAUACAUUGCUCUCUAUUGUUGUUGUUAUUGUUUGUUGGAGCUGUGUUAUAAAUUCAACGUCGCAAUGCAAAUAACUGUCCCUUUUAGGGCUCUGGUGAUUGCCCAUUUAUUCUACUGUGUAGCACCAGCUGGAGAAGCCGACUAUACGCUGGACGAUUCAUUUUGGAAUGAAGAAAGUCCUGUUGGUGAAGUCGAACGUCUACUUAAGGAAUAUCGUCAAAAUCAAGAAUUGGUACGCCGUAUCGGUGGCCAUUAUUAUCAAAUUAUAUAUCCGGUACAGCUGAGACAUCACGAAAAGAUGGGCAUUUCAACGCGUGAAGUUAGUGCACCAAAGUUUUCUUCGAAAAAUGACCAUGAUGAUUUAUUAGCUAUAUGUGGUGGAAGUUUUAAAACUUCCAAAAUAAAUUCGGUAAAUUUAUGUCGUGUUGUGACACAGCCGGGUCAGCGACCACGACCACACGAUGAUGGAGGCUUCAGCAGAGGCAGAACAAAGAAACACUUUCAUCGAACCUCAUUGUUAAUUAAGGCUUUUAAUCAUAAGUUUCGUUUAGAUCUGGAAUUAAAUUCACAACUUUUAUCACCGAAUUUAAUACAGAAACAUUAUCAUUCUAGUGGCUAUUUAGUAGAUGGCAAUCGUCAUGAUAUUGAACAUUGUUAUUAUCAUGGUACUGUUAAAGAUUAUCCAGGUGCUAGUGCGGCAUUUCAUACGUGCAACGGUGUUAGUGGGGUCAUACACAUAGGAAAUGAAACAUUUGUGAUACAUCCUUUUUAUGGCGGUGAUCUAUCGCAGAAGCAUCCGCAUGUCAUAUUUGAGGCACGCACAAAAGCCAAUAAGGGUUGUGCCAAUUCAGGCAAUCUGGAUUCAUGGCGUCUCUCACGCCGCACAAAACACUUAUCAGCUGGUAUUAUUGAUGAGGUACAUCCAAAUGGUGCCGGUCGCUAUAAACGUGAUGUCCGCGAGGCCACCAAAUACAUAGAAACUGCCAUAAUUGUAGACAAAGCCAUGUUUGAUAAACGAAAUGGUAGCACUCGAGCAGAGGUGAUACAUGAUGCCAUACAAGUGGCCAACAUAGCCGAUUUGUAUUUUCGCACCAUGAAUACACGAGUGUCGGUAGUGUACAUAGAGACAUGGGGUAAAAAUCAAGCUGUCAUUGAUGGCAGCAAGGAUAUUAGUAAAGCCAUAUCAAAUUUUAAUGAUUAUACAUCUAGAAAUCUUUUUCAAGUGGAACGUGAUACAACACAAUUGUUAACAGGUGAAACAUUUGCCGGUGGUGAGGCAGGUAUGGCUGUACCAGAUACCGUGUGUACGCCACGUGCUGUUGGCAUCAGUGUAGACAUAAAUGUCUAUGAACCUCAUUUGUUGGCCGGUACAAUGGCCCACAUGAUUGGCCACAAUAUUGGCAUGGGCCACGAUGAUGGACGUGAGGAAUGUUUCUGUCGUGAUUGGCAUGGUUGUAUAAUGGCUCAAUCCAUUGUUGGCCAAGAGAAUGUACAGCCUUAUAAAUUCUCUGAAUGCAGUAAAAAGGAUUAUAUCGAUGCAUUGCGUACGGGUCAUGGCUUGUGUUUGCUCAACAAACCAAAUGAGAUCGAAAUGCGUCGCAAUUGUGGCAAUAAAAUUGUUGAAGAAGAUGAAGAAUGUGACUGUGGCACCUUUGAGGAGUGUGCCUUGGAUCCGUGUUGUGAUGGUAUAACAUGCAAACUGAAGUCGGAAGCACAGUGUGCUACGGGUGCAUGUUGUGACCAAUGUCGCCUACGUUCCAAGGAUCAUAUCUGCCGUGACUCGCAUAAUGAAUGUGAUUUACCCGAAUAUUGUGAUGGUGAUAGUGGCGAAUGUCCCAUGGAUGUUUUCAAGAAAAAUGGUUCACCUUGCGGCCAUUCAAAAUCCGGAGUAUCAGGCUAUUGUUUUCAAGGCGACUGUCCCACAUUAAAUUUACAAUGUGAAGCUAUUUGGGGUUAUGGUGGUGUGGCAGCCGAUAAAGAGUGUUUCGAACAAUUCAAUUCGAAGGGUUCCAUUAAUGGUCACUGUGGUCGUGAUGGCAAAGACAAUUUCGUUAAGUGUGAAGCUGAAAAUGUUCAAUGUGGCACUUUGCAGUGUAAGGAGGGCGAACGUCAACCCGUUAACGAGGGUGAUUUAUAUUCAAGAACCAUUAUUUCAAUUAAGGGUUUGGAAUAUGAGUGCAAAGCCACCAGCGGCCAACUCAAUGCCAAUGAGUAUCCCGAUCAUGGUCUAGUUAAGGAUGGCACUCCAUGCGGAGAUAAUUUGAUUUGUUUAAAUCAAACUUGUGUUAGUAUUUUUCCUCAUGUGGAUCAAACCAAGUGUCCAACAAAUAAACAGGGUCAAGAAUGCUCAGAAAGAGGGGUUUGUACGAAUACGAAUAAAUGUUUUUGCGACAUGGGAUGGGGAGGUAUUGAUUGCAGUUUAAUUGUUUUAUUAACUACACCACUGCCAACUGAAGCUCUGCCAACACCAGAAAAUACAAUCAAAAUGGAAAAGAAGGAAACGCCGUAUGAGAACUACCAUGGCUCAAAUACAGUAUUUUUAGUUGGUGUACUAAUGUCAGUUGUUGGGUUCGUUUUUGUAACAUUCACCUUGAUGGCACUGUGCUACAGGUCAGUUGUAGUACAUAGAAACUUCUCCCUGUGUCUGAGGCGCAAGACCACCACCCUCAAAUACGAUCCUCCCUAUACAAAAAAGCCAAUGGCGAAGGCUUAUGGAGCUGCAGUCACUGCCGCAAAUCAUCAUUCUGUGGAAGAGGUUUCACCAGAUGGUUCCAAUAAAUUAGUUUAUGCCAAUCAACCAGGUUUCAGUCGCGAUAAAAGUAUUCACAGUCGCCGUUAUACUGGCAGUGAUGAUGAUCAAACGCAUUCAGAAAAAGGUAUUUUAAAGAAACACGGUUACGGUCUUGUACAUGGUGUACAUGAUGAUGGUCAAUCCGAUAAUUUAGAAUUAAUCACACAAGACGGUACUUUGGCAUCGUCGAGCGGUGCUGCAGUAUCGGAAGUCGAACGCACUUUAAAAUCCCUCAACGGUUAUCACGAAGAUAUUUUGGAGGCUCUACGCAAUGCGGCCUCACAUCGCGGCACUGGCACUGGCAACACACCCGUUGGCAGUGGCAGUCUCAGUGAGGAAAUGUUACGCAAAACCCUACAGGAAUGCGCUUCAGCUCAGCUAGGCUAUGCAACAGAACCCUACAAACGUUCGAGUGGUUCGAAAACUAGUUCUCGAGAGAAUAUAUGCGAUCAGGGGCCACCACAUGCCCUGCUGGUCGAAACAUCCAGUAUGGGUGGUCCUCACGGUGGACCCAUUAUGCACCAUCACCGCUCACAGCAUCAGUUGCAUCAGCCACUGAUGCAACAGCAGCAGCCACCCGAUGAGGAGGAUGCUCCCGCUACCGGGCCCUUACGCAUACGUAAUCUUGAGGAUCUUAUCAGACAACUCGAACAUCAUUCGUCGAGACACAUGAGUCCCAGUGGCUCAGAGGACAUACGAAUUUCUGAAACAGAAGGCGAUCGUCAUUAUAGAUUAGAUAGUUCUGCUGCUUGUAGUGAAUCCUCGCAAGGAUCAAAUCAACAAUUAGCACAAUCGCAAAAAACUGCAACAAUACAUCCGUCUUAUAGCAGUCGUUGUCGACCGCGUGCCGAUGAAGAGUCACGUUUCUCCUAUGGAAGGUACAGACAUCCCACUACAACCAGUAGACACCCAUCACAUCAAUCACAUUCACCUCAUGCUUUUGGCCAUCAUGCACAUCAUUCGCAUGCUCAUGGUCAUGCAACACACGGUCCACACUCAUCGCAUCAUUCAUCGCAUACACAUUUGCAUCAGGACGACGAUGGCAUCUAUGAGAGUGCCGAUCAUCAUGAUCGACAAAUGGUAGAUACGCGUCUUGACCCACGGGAAGUUCCCGAUAGUGAGAGUGAUGACUUUAUUCAAGCUCAACAACAGUUAGCCCGAUGGGCGAGUGAGGAUGUGGUAUCCGUCGUGGUAAUGGAACAACCGCUCCCCGGUACAACAUCGGAUUCCCAACAAUCCAGCGGCGGGGGCGGACACACGUCGGGAGCGGCAUCAACGAAUACCGUUAUCCACCACCAGCAUCCGCACCAGCACCACGGCGAUCAUCCAUCCUCGGCACAAGUCACAUCAACUUCAACGGUGUCGGCGGCAGCGGCGGCGGGUACAAUCAAUGCUCAUAUGAAUAUGGGGGCCGUUCCAAAUGGCAUCGGUGUAAAUCAGAGGGACUAUUACCCCUCACCUCCCUCCACGGAGACGGAAAGCAGUGGAAGUGUUAUCCAGCCGCUCAACCGACGUUACACUAUUCAGGGCGAUACAAGUCAACAGCAGCUGCAAUUGCAUCAGCUACACCAACAUCAGCAUCAAUCCCAUCAACAGCAGCAACAACAACACCAAAUGCAGCAACAGCAGCAGCUUCAAAUGCAAGGCGACACCACCACCAGCAGCAGCAACAACAGUCAAUCCGGUCAAAUCAUGGAGAAUGGACGUUAUCCGGAAUAUAAGCACUGA